GGCUGUUACGUGAAUUCAAGAAGGGUGAAAAGGAGUAUACGUAUGCACUGCUCUCUUUAAUGAUGACAGCAAGCGAUACAUGCGACUCGGUGAAAAACUGGGAUGACAAUAUUAUAUCUGCCCGACACAUUCUCAGCGAAUUUUUCGAUCAAGGUGACACUGAAAAAGAAGUGGGAAUGACACCAAUGCCCAUGAUGGACCGUACUGUAGCUUACAUUCCUGAAGUAGAGUUUAAAUUCCUUUGUGCAAUUGUUGUUCCAGUUUACACUGAGCUGGCUGGAAAGUUUACAGAAUUACAACCAUGCGUCAAAACUCUAACAAGAUGCAAAGAUUACUGGGAAUUUUCUACAGUUAUAUUUGAUGCUCAUCCAGAAGUUGAAAAUAAAUUAGACAUCCUCCGGUGGCCUCAGAUGAAAGAGGACUAUUUAAAAAAGUUGGGCAGUACUGACGCCUCCAAGGUUCGACGAUUGUCAGACGAGACCCAUCAUAAACAGAAAUUGUUCCCUAGCAUGAGCAGAAGGACGUUUGUCUCAAAACCAAUUAUAAAUCCCGAAUCCGAAUUCAGGAGAAUGUUUGGCGACAUACAUAUUUCCGAUGAAGUUUUAGCAUUCACCGUGGAGGAGGAGGAUAACGAACAUAGAUCCUGCUGCGUUUGCUGCAUAUGUUGAAAAGGAACAAUAAUAAAACCAAUCGCUAUUGGAAUACUAUUGGCGUCAAGAUAUCCAUCUUAUCUGACUGAGUGUGAUAUAUAUUUACAAGAUUGUGGCACAUAUUUGUGUAUUUUACAUUUGUUAUUCUUAUAUACUGACAAAACUGACAUA